CACCGGAGAAGCUCAGACGAGUGGAGGACAGAUUAGCUCCAUUAGUUAGCUCUUUUUUGUGACACCGAGAAGUUUCUUUAUCGUAAAACACCGUUGUAUUUUUUAGAUAAUUUUCACAUUGUCGUUAGAAGACGUGUUGUCGUUCUCAUAAAGUGUCAGUAAGUUGACUGAAUGUAGUACUUUUCCGUGAGAAUGAUAUGUGACGUUAGCUAAGUUAGUGUAGCAGGCUGCAGCCGUUCAACUUUAAGCAGAAGUACCUUUUAAACGAUUAUUCUGUUGUUACUGCAAACAUGCCUAUACAAUUAACGAGUCAGGCUUACUGCAAAAUGCUGCUGCAUGCGGCCAAAUAUCCUCAUUGCGCCGUAAAUGGACUGUUUGUGGCAGAAAAACCCAAAAAGGAGAGUCGCUGUGUAACGGUUCUCUGCGUGGACUGUGUGCCGCUUUUUCACGGGACUCUGGCUCUGGCACCAAUGCUGGAAGUGGCUCUAACACUGAUUGACACUUGGUGUAAAGAAAAUAAUUAUGUCAUUGCUGGAUAUUACCAAGCUAAUGAACGCAAAAAGGACUUAAGACCUAACCAGGUUGCAGAGAAAGUUGCUGCCAGGAUUUCUGAGAACUUCAGUGAAGCUGCAAUUGUAAUGGUUGACAACAGUAGAUUAACAAUGAGCUGUUUUGAGCCCAUUGUGGUUAUCUAUGACCAUCAUGAAAAUAAGUGGAAAAGCAGAGACGUAAAAGUAGAUUGUUUUGAAGACUGGAUUGAAGCACAGAAGAUCACAUCUGCUUUGUUAGAAAGUAGGUCCUACGAGAACUUGAUUGACUUUGACAAUCACCUGGAUGACCUAAGGAAUGACUGGACCAAUCCUGUGAUUAACAAGUCUGUGCUGGAUCUGUGCUAGUACUCUGGCUCAGGAGUGUCACAUGCACAAGUUCUGCUGCCAUUUCUGCUUCCUCAGUGCCACAUCAAGUGUAGCACAGGAGUACAAAAUGCUGAUCAUAGUCUUUGCUCUGAUUUAAGCCUCUCAUAUUGAUGAGAUCUUGUGGGGCAAUGAGUUAUGCCAAAAUUUUUGAAGGGCAAGCACAAUAUAGGCGCUGUUGGCAUGUGAUUCUGAAAUGGUGAAGACCGUACAUUUUUGAAUGCAACAAUUUUUUUUUCUUAAUUUCUGCAUCAGCUUGUGUUCAAGUACAAGAGGAUGAUAACAAUUUUUAAAAUUUACACUUUAGGGCCACUAGCCAUAUACUGUAUGCAUAAAGUAGGCAGUUAUUUAAAAUGUUAGUUUAUGGUACUACUGAGAUAUGACUAAAAACCUAUUCAUCAAAGCCCUUAAAUAAUGUUUACACAUAGUCAGGUCCAUAUGUAUUUGGAUAAUACUACAGUCUUGUUUUUUUAUUAUGUAAUUUUGCAUCUACACCACCACAAUGGAGUUGAAAUGGCAUAAGUUAUUUUAGGGUAGAUUGUUCUUUUUAAUUCAAAUGAUUGAACAAAAAUCACAUUAACCAUUUAGGAAUUACAGCCAUUUAUAGAUGGAUUCCCUGCAUUUUCAACAACCACAAGUAAUCAAACAAACUAAAUACAAGGCUUAUUGUUCAUAAAAAUUUGUUACUUUAACAGCCAGUUUGACGGCCAGUUUUAAGCAAGUCAUGACGGAUACGUGAAUAUUCACAAGUCACUUUCACGAAUACAGUGUACUGUAUGUAAAUGUAAUUGGAGUCGGCAGUUCUAAAGGAAGGAGACGAGCCACCAAGACAUCAAUGACGAAAGUGUGCUCGUUAGUGCAACAGAUAAAAGAAUAUUUACAGAGGGAUGCUUCAAAUGGUGAUACAAGCACCAAAGUCAGCACAAAAACGCCUUAGACAUUACUCUUG